UCUUGGGGCAGCUGUUAAGGACUCCGGAAGUAUCUUACUGUCAAAAUAAACAACGUGUAAAUUUUCAAAUUGUCAAAAUGUAUCAUCUUUUAUCAGGCUUUUACAAAUACUUAUUUCAGUUAGAUGAAUAUUACGUUCUUAUAUUGGGUUUAGACAAUGCUGGAAAAUCGACAUAUCUAGAGGCAGCCAAAACCCACUUCACGAAAAAUUAUAAAGCACUUAAUCCCAAUAAAAUUACCUCAACAGUUGGAUUAAACAUAGGGGUCAUCGAAACCGAUGGCUGCAGUUUGAAUUUCUGGGAUUUAGGUGGUCAAGAGGAGUUGCAGUCCCUCUGGGACAAGUACUAUGCUGAAUCACAUGCAGUAAUCUAUGUGGUUGAUGCUUUUGCUCGUGACAGAAUUGAAGAAUCUAAGGCUGUGUUUGAUAAAAUGAUUGCAAGUGAGCUGUUAAAGGGCAUCCCUUUGCUUGUCCUUGCAAACAAACAAGAUCUUCAGGAUAGUAUGGGUGUACGUGAAGUGAAGCCCAUAUUUAACCAAAAUGCCCAUUUAAUAGGUCAAAGGGAUUGCAUGGUGAUGCCUAUUUCUGCAUUGAAUGGGGAUGGUGUGGAUGAAGGAAUCAAAUGGCUGGUUCAGUGUAUAAAACGUAAUAGUGUUGUCCGACCGCCUAGGAAUCAGAGUGAUAAUUAAUAAGCUGCCAUG